AGAUUUUGCAAAUGGUUAAUGGAGGCCCUAUUGUCCGGGCUAUUAUUGAGGGGAGUCACCAAGUUCCAAAAAGAUUAAAGUUGGUAAAUCUCACUCCUCGCAAGAUUCAGAGCAACAAUAAUAACAAUAAUUCAAGAUCAUGGGUGAAGUCCUACUUCUGUUCCAACUCCACCACCUUUCCUCAGCUUUGGAUUCCAUAUGAAGCAACUUCUCACCCACUGUUCUAUGUGCUUUAUGGAAUGGAAA